CCUAUAGAAAGGGAAGUCAAGUGUGAAAAGUGCAAUAUGACCAAUCACAAUACAAAGAACUGCAGAGCACACCUCAAGUGCACCUAUUGCAAUGGAAAAGGGCACACUUAUGAGUAUUGCCGAAGAAGGAAGAAUGCAAUGGAGGGUGGACAAGCACCACCAAAGGCUAACCAUGUGACCUCUCCAAGUGAUAACAAGGAAGCCAUGACUGAUUUUUGGUUUUCACGAGAAGAAUGUCACCAGCUCCUCGGCCAGCUUUUAACCAAAACCAAGCCCGCUGCAGCUAACUUGGCUAGUAAUAUUCCAAACUAUGAGGAACUUUCAAGACCUACGAUCGGGGAAGAUGAUUGGGACGGGAACUGAGAGCGAGGGACUCUACUGCCUCAAUCAUUCGAAGAAAGGAACAUGCAAUGUGGUGCGCACCAAACCACACAACCUGUGGCACCAAAGACUCGGACAUCCUUCUAGCAAAGUAUCUUCAUUAUUUCCCUUUCUCGCAAAUAAAGCUUGUGAUGUAAGCAAUUGUUCCAUCUGUCCUUUAGCCAAACACACUAGACAGCCUUUUCCAUUAAGUACUACUUCUAGUGAAUCUUGUUUCGAUUUGAUACACGUUGACAUAUGGGGUGGUUACCAUGUUUCCUCUAUUUCUGGUGUAAAAUAUUUCUUAACCAUAGUUGAUGAUCAUUCCAGAAGCACAUGGGUUUAUCUAAUGCACCACAAGUCUGAAACACGAACUUUACUUGUUCAUUUUAUUCACUUAGUUGAGACUCAAUUUGGCAAGAGAGUCAAAGUAAUACAGAGUGAUAAUGGCCCGGAAUUUAAAAUCACACACUUUUAUUCAUCCAGAGGUAUCCUUCACCAAACAAGUUGCGUCAACACACCACAACAAAAUGGUGUCAUUGAGCGUAAACAUAGACAUUUGCUUAAUGUUGCUCGGGCUCUUCUUUUCCAAGCUAAUUUGCCUAAACCUUUUUGGGGGGACGCCAUACUCACUGCGGCCUAUCUCAUAAACAGAACGCCAAUACCACUUCUCCAUGGUAAAACACCUUUUGAGAUACUCUUCCACAAAGAGCCAACUUAUGCUCACUUAAGGGUUUUUGGUUGUCGUUGCUUUGUGUCUACACACCCAGUCCCCCUAGCAAGUUUGAUCCUCGCUCUAUUGAAUGCA